AUCAUCACAGGUCCUGUAAGCACACAGCUCCUCUACAGCUGGAGGUUUCUGCAUCAUAGAAUCCUCUAUUGAUAUCUUCUGCAUAAGAUAAUUUUCCUGAUUGACCUGUCAAAGAUGAAAAGGGACGUAGACAAGAUGGUGGAGAGGAUAUUAAAUCUCACCCUAGAGAUACUCUACUGGCUUACGGGAGAGGAUUACACAGUGGUGAAGAAGACCUCUAGUGAACGCUGUCAGGCCUCUGUAUCUGAAGGAUGGGGAAGAACCCUGAGCCCAAUCACGGGGCCUCCAACUAAUUCCCUAAAACAUGAAGACAUCAAUGAACAGAAGAUCCUAGAACUCACCCACAAGAUGAUUGAGCUGCUGACUGGAGAGGUUCCUAUAAGGUGUCAGGAUGUCACUGUCUAUUUCUCCAUGGAGGAGUGGGAGUAUGUAGAAGGACACAAGGAUCUGUACAAGGACAUCAUGAUGGAGGACCACCAGCCCCUCAGAUCACCAGAUAGAUCCAGUAAGAAAACAACACCAAAGAGAUAUCCCAGUCCUCUUCAUCCACAAGAUCAUCAGGUUUUUAAUCAGGAUAAAGAUCUGAAUGAUAUUACUUCUUCAAAUACAGAUGUGAGGAGUGAUGACCAGUAUAAGAAAAACAUUUCUACAAAGACAUACGUUAGAGAUGAUGUCCAGUGUAAGGAGGAAAUUACUACAGAGACAUACGUGAGGGGUGAUGACCAGUGUAAGGAGGAAAUUACUACAGAGACAUAUGUGAGAGGUGAUGACCAGUAUAAGGAAGAAAUUACUACAGAGACAUAUGUGAGAGGUGAUGACCAAUGUAAGGAGAAAAUUUCGACAGAGUCAUAUGUUAUGGACGUUGACCAGUGUGAGGAGGAAAUUACUACAGAGACAUAUGUGAGGGGCGAUGACCAGUUUGAGGAAGAAAUUACUACAGAGACAUAUGUGAGCAGCGAUGACCAGUGUGAGGAGGAAAUUCCUAUAAAGACAUAUGUGAGGGGCGAUGACCAGUAUAAGAUGGACAUUUCCAAAGAUACAUAUAUGUGGGGUAAUGAGCAGCAUAAGGAGGACAUUCCUACAGAUAAUCAGUCAGAUGACUAUACCGAGAGCUCAGAGGGUCAUGAGAUAUGUUCAGAUUUUCAAGAAGGUGAUUGUGGUACUGCACAAGAUACAUAUGAAGAGCAUGCCAUUAUCCCAGAUAUACCCUCAGACCUUCACAGCCAAGAUCUAUCAUCUGAUCCUUUUCAACAUGUCCUAUUGUCUGAUAAAUCAAAUACUGUUAAUCAGAAUAAAAAGCACACAGGGGAGAAGCUCUUUUCAUGCUCUGAAUGUGGCAAAUGUUUUUUCCGCAAAUCGUGUCUCCAUAGACAUCAGGAAAUUCAUACAGGGGAGAAGCCAUUUUCAUGUUCAGAAUGUGGGAAAUGUUUUACUCGGAAAUCACAUGUUGUUGAACACCAAAAAAUUCACACAGGAGAGAAACCGUUUGUCUGUUCAGAAUGCGGGAAGUGUUUUUCCAUGAAGUCACAUCUUGUUGAACAUCAAAAAACCCAUACAGGAGAGAAGCCAUUUUCAUGCCCAGAAUGUGGGAAAUGUUUUACUCGGAAAUCAUAUCUUGUUAUACAUAAGAAAAUUCACACAGGGGAGAAGCCAUAUUCAUGUUCAGAAUGUGGGAAAUGUUUUACUCAAAAAUCUAAUCUUCUUAAGCAUCAAAGAAUUCACACAGGGGAGAAGCCCUUUUUAUGUUCAGAGUGUGGAACGUGUUGCUUUCAGAGAGCACAUCUCAUUGAUCACCAGAGAAUUCACACAGGAGAGAAACCAUUUUCAUGUCCAGAAUGUGGCAAAUGUUUUAGUCGGAAAUCAUAUGUUGUUGACCAUCAAAGAAUUCACACAGGGGAGAAACCAUUUUCAUGUCCUGUAUGUGGAAAGUGUUUUAACUACAAGUCAGCUCUAAUGGCACAUCAGAGAACACAUGGAGAAAAAAGAUUUUCAUGUCCAGAGUGUGGGAAAUAUUUUUCCAGCAAAGCAUAUCUUCUGAAACAUCAAAGAAUCCACACAGGGAAGUAGACAUUUGGGGGGAGAUUUAUUAGACUGGUGUAAAGUAGAACUGGCUUAGUUGCCCAUAGCAACCAAUCAGAUUCCACCUUUCAUUUUUCUCAGCUCCUUUGGACACACAUGGAACGUCAAAAUGUAUAGGUAAAUGAGACUUCCCGGACAUUGACAGCUGAUUGCCAGCUACUUUUAAACUAGGGUGAAGUAAGGCAGAAAGUGCAGGUGAGGUACAGUGUGCGCCUUUAGACUCCUCAACUACAGUAUGUUAAUCUGCUCCUCGUUAUGACGUUAUGGUGGAAAGAAGAGCCAGCAAUGGCACACUACGGAAGAGAUACUUGAGAAAGUGCUGGAAAACUAGUGAAACAAUUACGCUUUAGUAAGUUCUACCAAAGACUUCAAUAAAA